AUGGGUUGUGGUCCUGACUUAUGUUCAGAUAGUCCGAUAAUUAAGAUUGUACAGACGCUUACGAUAAGGUGUGAAACGUUGGCUGUUACGUCCGCAGACCAAAAGGAACUGACCGCGGUAUUGGGAGGAAAAAUCUCAGAACUCGAGUUGCAGAAUAAUGUGUUACGUAGCCCGAAUCCCCGACCUGUUACCAGGCAAAAACUCUCUAGCAACAAUGCUAUACAGUGCAGCGAAAGGCAAACACCGUUAGUGAAAAACAGCAGUGAAAACAGGCCGGUUGAACGGCCUCUCAAGUCUCAAGUAAUGCUCCAAAGCAUGCAGAGUUAUGCACAGAUUGCACGAUCACCUCCGUCAGUAGUUGGACAACAAUUGACCCCUACAGAUAGUGCAACUAACGGGGUUGCACGUAAAAAAGCUUGCUGUAGCCUUGGCCUGUCAUUCACGGAAGACAAGCCAGAAACUCCCACUCAAGAAAUCUGCGCUCACAAGGAACUGAAGAACAAACAAUUAGUACGCAACCAAAUGGCGAUUACA